AUGGAGGAGUGCGAAAGCUCCUCACAUGUCAGUGCCGAAAGCUCCGCGAAUUUUAGCGUCCCAAGCAGUGAAGACGCAAAGACGAAACGCAAAGAUUACAUCGCAAAGCGAGAUUCGACAAAAAUAGCUCUUUACGAGCAAUAUCAGCGUUGGCGAUGUCUGAAAGACGAGCUAAAUUUGAAGACAGACAAACAACUGGCUGAAAUGCUUUUAGAUCAUUACGAAAAAGGUGCCCGUAUUUCGAGUGACGCGGAGACACAGACAAACUUUGAAGACAGCGCUGCGGAUUUGUCAGCAAUGCCUAUGGCCAUUAGCCCAAUUUUAUCAUCGACCCCGCGUAUUCAAACAAGGCCGCAUUCAUCUUUGCCUCCCGUCGCUACUAAACGGAGACGUCUGUUACUUGGGUCCACAGACGCACUAAGGACACAAACUGUAGAUGAUGAGGAAACAUUAUCAGCCAUUGAUUCUGAUGAUAGUGAAUUGGAGGACAAUAGUCAAAUAUCACUAGGACAUCCAAUGUAUCACUUGACUAUAGACAUUUAUAUACUUGUAUAUAGGGUUAGAAUUGAUGACAUUGAUAGGGUCUCCUUGGAAGAAGAAGUGUUAGAUACCACAAUCAAUGGUCACAGUGACGAUGAUGGUGAUGAUGAUGAUGGUGUUACUGGUGGUGUUGACACUGAAACAGCCCAAAAAAGUAACAAAGAAAGUUUUGUUCGUCAUAUACCAUCCAUUGAUGUUCCAAAACUAGAGUUAUGCUUAGCAUCAACAGCAAUAAUUUUGGAACUACUGGAAAAGCUACAUGGUCCUGUUUGUACAAGAAGUGGAUGUAAUCGUCCAUUGAAUUUUGGGAAUUCCUUUGUUGGAACAUGCCUAGUUGUAAAUUGGGGUUGUUCUGCUGGCCACUUUGGUGGGAGAUGGGCUGCCCAACCAACUUGUGAAGGUGUUCGUGCUGGAAAUUUGCUUUUGGCAUCUGCCAUACCUCUUUCUGGCAAUUCAUAUACAAAGAUUGGAUUUCUUUUCCAAGUCAUGAAUGUGCAGUUUAUAUCCAAAAACUUGUACAACCAAUACCAGAAUUUAUAUAUAGCUCCAGCAGUUAACAGCUAUUGGGAGGAAUUAAAGAAUUCGUGUUGGGCAGAGCGUGAGAAUCAAGACAUCGUGCUUAGUUCAGAUGGGCGCAAUGAUUCACCUGGACAUUGUGCACAGUAUUGCACUUAUACAUUUGCUGAAAUGGACUCUAAGUGCAUUUUAGACAUCAACUUUGUUGAAGUGAGGGAAGUUGAGGGAAGAAAAAGUCCAAACAUGGAAAGAAUUGGAUUUGAAAGAGGGCUUGAUAAUUUAUUGAAAUCAAAAAUGAUUAUCAAAGAGGUUGUUACCGAUGGCCAUUUGGAGAUUGGUGCAUUAAUGAGUAAGUAUUCUUCAUUGUAUUGUUUCCUUUAUAGUUUAUAAACCUCAUCAAAUUCCUUGUGACCUACAGAUAAAAGGUGUUUGCUUGAAACAUUCAAGUUUUAAUGCUUCACAACUUUUAAGUGGUCUAUUACUGCAUGCAAGAGUUUUAUUUUUACAACUUGAUUGUUGCUAUGCUUUUAGCUAAUAAAUUUUGCUUUGAUUGCAUGGUUAUAUCUUUUAUGUCACCCUAUUGUUUUCAACAAUGUAUAGCAUGAUGCUCAAAUAAAUAUUGUAUGGAAAUUGCUGAUUUCCCAACUGUGUGUUUUUUAGAAAAUGCUGCAAAAUAUAAAGACAUUGUGCAUCAAAGAGAUGUUUGGCAUGGUGCGAAAAUUAUUGGAAAAAAAGUUAUUUCUGUAUGUAUUGAACUUCUAUGAUUAAGCAUGAGUUUAUGGUGCACCUUUUGAUUGAUAAACUUGUUUUCUUUUUCAUUUUUAAUUCACAUUUAACAAAUGGAGUAUCCAAAAUAGUUGUGCAGAAUUGUGCUUGGUAACUAAGACAUUAGGUUAUGCUUAUUAACCUAGGCUGCUAAUGAAAAAGGAAACGAAGAUCUUUCUUUGUGGAUUGCGUCUGUCAGAAACCACUUUUGGUAUUCCAGUCGCAACUGUGGUGGCAAUGUUGAUAAUUUAAAAGAUUUGUGGAUAGGGAUUCUCCAUCAUAUUGUCAAUGAACACGAAUGGGCAUUGAAGGAUGGCAUAGGAGAUGGGAAAUGUGGCCAUGACAUUUUAACGGAAGAGGAAAGAGCAAAACCAUGGCUGGCAAAAGAUUCUUCAUCGCAUAAAGCUUUGAGAAGCAUUGUCCUUAAUAAGCGACUAUUAAAUGAGUUGCCAUAUUACACCAGGUUUAGGCAUACAGGUUUUCUGGAAUCUUUCCACAACCAUUUGUUAAUGUACUGUGCAAAACGUCAAUCAUAUACGUAAGUUAUCUUGAAAUUUUAUUCUAUGGGCUGGCUGGUCAUGCACUUGCGUGUUAAGAAAUAACCUAGGCUAUAUAAAAAUUGCUUUUUUAUUUUAAAGGUUAAUUGGAUAUAAGAUGCGAAAUCAACUGGCAGCAAUUGAUUUUAAUAAACAUAGAAAAAGACAAGUUGCAAAGACAUUGGAUGGAAAACCAAGGUUCGUUUUACUGUACCACUCUUCAUUAAUGUGACAUGUCAUUCAAGGGAUAUUCUCACAUGAGUUGACAUUUGGGUUAAACAUCUUGAUUUGCUGUUGUGAAUUAUAAUGUUACCUAUAACAAGAGUUAAUAUAAUAUUAACUCACCUGAUGCUCAAGGCCCUUAAAAUGUUUUGUCUAUUCUACCCAGGAAUUAUGCCACCUUUUGAUGCGACUCAAAUUGGUAUAAUUUAAUCAAAAUUUUUAAUGCAUUCUAGAUAUAAAGCACACUAUAGUAAAAGGACAAAGCAAUGGUGCCCAGUUGCAGUCCUUGAACCAAAGGAAUACAAAUAUUUGCCAGAGUUAAUCAUUGCAAUAUUUGAAAAACGAAGAGCUACACCUGGCCAUGUAACACAGCGAUUAGGUCUUGCUCCAGAUGACCCAAGGAACAUUGCCAAAAAUAUUGCUGUGGUACCCCAGCCUCCGAUGGAAGAGCUUCUGAGACGACACCAAACAAGGUUUUGAUAUAUGAGGGAAUACCGUACUUGUGGCACCGACAAUUGAUUUGCAUAUCCGUAGACCAUAUUUAUAUAUGUAAUUUUAGAUGAUUUGUGGGAAUUUAAAUAUUGGGAGGGGAGGCAUAUCUUAUAAAUUGUUGCUUUCAAAAAUCUAUCAUCUUAACAGUAAAUGAAUAAAGUUACAUAUAACCAGUAACAUCGCUGGUCAUACCAUGCCACUAGUGAAGUGUCAAUAAUUUAUUACACAUUAUUACAUGUCAUCAUUAACUUGCCAAAAUGUCAGUAUUGUUUUGAGUCUUCAAAGUCG